AUAAAGGAUCGGGAAGGAGACGGCCGCCCCCGCGCCAAGGGACGGCACGGCACGGCACGGCACGGCACGGCACGGCACGGCACGGCACGGCACGGCGCGGCGGCUCUGCGGACCGGCACCAUGGCAGCACCGGAGAAGGAGGGGGAAGCGCAGAGGCUGCGGUUCGGACAGUGGCUGCUGGACGCCAUCAACAGCGGGAGCUACCGGGGGCUGCGCUGGAUGGACGCUGCCCACACCACCUUCCGCGUCCCCUGGAAGCACAACGCCAGGAAGGACAUCACCAGCACUGACCUGGAGGUCUUCAAGGCCUGGGCAAAGGUCAGUGGGCGGUACGAGGAAGGCUCCGAGGAUCCAGCCAAGUGGAAGACCAACUUCCGCUGUGCCCUGAGCAGCACCCACUUGUUCAAGCUGGAACAGGACCAUUCCAAGCGUGGUGAUGACCCCCACAAGGUUUUCUCCAUUGUCUCAGCCACCCUCCAGGACAGCAAGGAGGGACAUUCCUGCAUCCCCAACCCUGUGGUGGACCAGCAGGCAGCACAACAGCAGCUGCAGCCGGAGAUCCACCCCCAAGACAUGGCCUCAGCCAUUGCUGUCCCAGGAAACACCGACCCCACAGAGCUUCUGGAGCAGCUGCUGCAGCAGUGUGACAUCUCUCCCAGCGACCUUGACUCGCUGGCCCCAUCCUGGGUGCCUGCAGGUGGUUUCCCUGCCAGAGACACUCCCCACCAGGACAUCGUACAACAGCCUCACCAGGACACCCUGCUCCAGCCUCACCAGGACACCCUGCUCCAGCCUUACUCAGACACCAGCCAAAACAGCUGCUUCCCUCCCACAUUUCCACAAUGGGUGCCCUCGGUGGAGCAGCCCACCUUGGGCACCUACCAACCAAUCGGCCUCAUGCCACCAGAGGAGACAGGGGCCAUGCCACCGCCGUGCCAGCUGACGGAGGGCACGGUCCCCAUGCAGUAUGUGCCGGGUCGGACGUUGUUCGUGCCCGCCGCCAGCCCCGUGCCACAGCCACGGCUGCUGCUGGAUCACACAGAUGGCAUUGUCUCCAUCCUGGAUGUCACCAUCUACUACCGGGGGAAGGAGUUCCACCACGAGGUGGUUGGGGGCAGCCACUGCCUGCUGACGUACCAGCGCCCCAGCCUGCCGGGGGCCCCGUGCCCCGGGCACGUGGUGAGCUUCCCCAGCCCCGCCAGCCUGGCCGACGGCAAGCAGCGGCGCAUCACCGAGGAUCUGCUGGGCAUCGCGAGGCUGCGGCUGGAGCAACGCGCCUACAAGGUCUUUGCCACCCGCCAGGAGAAGUGCAAGGUGUUCUGGGCCUUGUCCCAGCAGCUCGAGGGGGUUGAGGAGCCCCCAUCCAACCUGCUCUGCCGAGACCAGGAAACACCCAUCUUUGACUUCCAUGAGUUUUGCACAGAGCUGAGGGACUUCCGCAACGGCCAAAGGCGGCGAUCUCCCGACUUCACCAUCUAUCUCUGCUUUGGGCAGGCCUUCUCCAAGGCCAAGCCUAAGGAGUCCAAGCUCAUCUUGGUGAAGCUGGUGCCCAAGUUCUGUGAGUACUACUACGAGCAGGUGCUGCAGGAGGGAGCCUCCUCCCUGGACAGCCGCACCAUCAGCCUGCAGCUCUCCAACUCCUUCGACCUCAUGGAGCUCAUUGAGCAGUACAACAUGCAGCUGGGCUGAGCCCACCUGCCCCGCUCCCCAUGGCCCUGGCACAGGCAGCAGCACCAGUGGGCAUCCAGGCUCUGCAAACCAGCACCCCCCAACCCAAGGACAACUUCAGUGACCAGUCCUGGAGCUCACACAUUGCUUUUCCUCUCUGUCAGCUUCUAGUGUUGUGUUUUUGUGGAGGGUGGUAAUUUACAGAUUUAUUUUCUUAACUUUUUCAAGCUAAAAUACAUAUAUAUAUGGGAUCGUAGUUCUCUCUUGCCUGGAGAUGUGCCUCUUCUAUCAGUCUGAAAUCUUCACCACCCCUUUCUACCCCCAAAACCACGGGGGUCCAUGCCCAGCCUUGUCUCAGCAAAGUCCCUGCUGGCAGGGGUGGGCUGGUAUCAGAGAGCUUUAUUAGCACCUUCUUCUCCUUAAAUUUGAGUGGAUGAGGUGACUUCCCAGUGUGAAGGGAUACAUUUAUCCAUGCAUUUAUUUCCAUGCAUUAAGGCUGCAAACAUGACUCGCAAGCAGAAUGUGUUGAGGACAGCUUGGCUUGGGCUAAACAAAAGUAAUUCUUCAUUGAGCACUGCCCAGAGUUACUCACUGGAGAUGUUCUGGAAAAAUAAGGCAGUAAGUACAACACGAAACACCCAGACCACCAGCUCAGAGGUGCAGAGGGGGGUGGUAUCUCAGGGAGGAGUGUGGAGACCAGAGGGCUGACUGAAGAUGGGGUGUGCCCUCCCCAGGCUGCAAGCAACUGCACCCCCUCCUUUCAGGAGCCUGACCAUCACUGUUGGUCCCUGGGCAAGGGGAGGAAGCAGUGUCCUUACCUGCCGAGUGACCUGGAUGCUGCUGGGCCCAAAGGUGGUGGUCCCGUAGCUUGUCACGUAAUAGUGAGCAGAGGGCUGUGCUGGGGGCUCCUCCAGUGGCCUGGGUACUGUGGGAAUGGGACACCCUUAACCCCUCUGCUCCAUGAAACCCUCAGCCCUCCUUCCUCUGAGCACAGCUGUGGCACAGACUCGGGACACCGGGCUCACCUUUGGGCAGGAGCAGCUCUGCACCAAAACAAUGCCCACACGUCCCGCAAGUUUUAACGUCUUCCUUUGUCCUGUGGAGGAAAAAGCCCAGGAAAGAAGGAGCAGGAGCUGCUCUCAGCGCUCCCCAUGGAAUAUGAUGCCGAGGCCAUGGAAGAGGCUUGCUCUUCCCACCCUGACCUGAGGGGCAGCUGUUGGUGGACAGCCGCUGCCCUCCCAGGUGCCUGAGCACCUUCAGCUCUUCAUGAAACAGGGACAUGUGGGCACAUGUCCAGAGUGAACAUUCUGUGCCUGAGCCCCAGAGUCUCAGCUUCUUCACUUUUCCCUCCAUGCUCCAGUUUCCCACACCAGUAAGUGUUAACACCACUUGGGACAAGAGCUGCUAUGGUUGGGAGAAGGGCACCGUAGUGCCUGGUGAGUUUCACAACUGAUUUCACAUGGCUUUUAAAAGCUAACCAGCUGCACCAGCAUUGCAGUAGUGGCCACCCAGGUCCCACCCUCACUUGGAGGGCACAGUGUACGUACGUGGCACCUGUGCCAUCCAUGUCUGGCCAGAGGAACUCUGCGGGACAGCCGGACGUUCGGCAGGGAGCCUUCACACACACAUGCAGCCCCGGCCACUCCUCAGCGAGCUUCUGGAUGAUGAGCACAACUGCCACAAGGAAGUCCCAGGCAAACUGGAACCCUUCCAGGCAAAAGGAGAAUGUCUCUUUCUUACAGCCUCCAGCCACAGCAGCCCAGGAGAUUCUGUUGUGACCCACACAUAAUUUCCAGCCCACAGCCUCAGCUGUCAGACCAGCUCCAUCCCCAGUUAACCAAACUUCCAUACGGAAUUUAAUGGUAUGUUGGAAGAGCUCCCCAAUUUGGGUGGCCCUUUUACUUAUCAGUGGAAGACCCAGCCUUAGACUGUUCUCUGCUGGAGCCUUCUGGGGAAGGACGACCCAUUUGCUUCAUGACGAGAAUGAAAACUUGGCUUUCCACUUUCAUGUGAUACCUCUAGAGGAGUCCUGACCAGAAUUCGAUGGAGAAAGGGAAAACCUUUAAGUGGACUGCUGGUGGACCCAGGCCAGACUAGGACAUGUGGCAAAGGCUUCCUGGGACACUUCCCAUAGGGCUGGAAGUGGCAGGAGCAGAGCUAAGGCAAGACAUGGGGUUGGGAGUAAUGAAAUAUGGAUCAGGGAUCUUACCUGUCCUUUCUGAUGGCUUUCUGCUGCGGAGCUCCAGGUAGCUGUAGGCCCUCUGGUUAUUCUCUUUGAUCAGCAGGGGUUUGCCAUUGCAUACAAGCAGGCAGGUCACCUUGGCCACCCAGUGCGUGGAAUAGAAGGAGCAAGCUUUCACCAGCAACCUGCAAGGAGAUUGUCCAUGGCUUUCAUCACUUUUCUCCUAGCUUAUCCCUAAUGCUGGAGAAACUGGAUGGACUUGAAAAUAUGAACCAAGUUGCAGUAAGAACAGACACAAAAUGAGGACCUUCCCCUGCUGAAAGCUCAAGUAGCAGGAGCAGCCUCUUAAACCAAGAGAUCUUUCCAGAGUUGGCCAUUUUGUCCUGGUUUUGUCUGGGAUGGAGUUAAUUUUCUUCCUAGUAGCUGGUACAAUGCUGUGCUUUGGAUUUAGGAUGCGAAUGAUGUGGAUAACACAUCACUGAUGUGUUAAUUGCUGCUGAGCAGGGCUUACCUCAAGUCAAGGAUUUUUCAGGUUCUUAGGCUGCCCUGCCAGUGAGGGGAAUGGGAAGGGACAGCUGACCCCAAAUGACCAAAGUGUUAUCCCAUACACAGUAGCAUCAUGCUCAGCACAUAAACCUUGGGGACCAUUGCUUGGGAACAGGCUGGGCAUGAGUUGGUUAGUGCUGAGCAAUUGGUUUUUAUUUGUAUCACCUGUUCUUCGGUUGUAUUUCUCUCUUUGCUGAUUUCCUUUUCAUUACAAUAUUAUUAUUGCUAUUACUGUUAUUAUUAUAAUUUAUUUCAACUAUUAAACUGUCCUUAUCUCAACCCA